AUGGCACAGAAAGGAGUUCAGCUGGACCCGGAGACCUUCUCUUGUUCCAUCUGUCUGGAUCUACUGAAGGAUCCUGUGACUACUUCCUGUGGACACAACUACUGCAUGAACUGUAUUAAAAGCCACUGGGAUGAAGAGGAUCAUAAGAACAUCCACAGCUGUCCUCAGUGCAGGCAGACGUUCACACCGAGGCCUGUCCUGCUGAAAAAUAACUUGUUAGUAGUUUUAGUGGAGGAGCUGAAGAAGACUGGACUCCAUGCUGCUCCUGCUGAUCACUGCUAUGCUGGAGCUGAAGAUGUGGAACAUAAAGGCCACGACACAGUUCCAGCUGCAGCAGAAAGGACUGAGAGGCUGAAAAAGCUUGAGGGGAGUCGACUAAACAUCCAGCAGAGAAUCCAGGACAAAGAGAAAGAUGUGAAGCUGCUUCAACAGCAGGUGGAGGCCAUCAAUCUCUCUGCUGAUAAAGCAGUGGAGGACAGCGAGAAGAUCUUCACUGAGCUGAUCCGUCUCCUGGAGAAAAGAAGCUCUGAUGUGAAGCAGCAGGUCAGAUCCCAGCAGAAAAGAGAAGUGAGUCGAGUCAAAGAGCUUCAGGAGAAGCUGGAGCAGGAGAUCACUGAGCUGAAGAGGAAAGACGCUGAGCUGAAGAAGCUCUCACACACAGAGGAUCACAACCAGUUUCUACACAACUACCCCUCACUGUCACCACUCAGCCAAAAUCUAGAGGAUUUUUUACUGUCACAGCCAGAGCCCAAGACCAGAGCUGACUUCUUACAAUAUUCACGUGAAAUCACACUGGAUCCAAACACAGCUCACACACAUCUGUUAUUAUCUGAUGGGAACAGGAAAGCAACAAGAAUGAGAAAACAACAGGCUUAUUCUAGUCACCCAGACAGAUUCACUGGAUGGCCUCAGGUCCUGAGUAGAGAGAGUCUGACUGGAUGUUGUUACUGGGAGGUGGAGAGGAGAGGGUAUGGAGUAGACAUAGCAGUCACAUACAAGAAUAUCAGCAGAGCAGGGAGGUCGAAUGAAUGUUUGUUUGGAUUCAAUGACAAAUCAUGGCCGUUACAUUGGGAAAGAAAUAGUUAUUUAUUUUGUCACAACAAAGUCCAAACUCCCGUCUCAGGUCCUGAGUCCUCCAGAGUAGGAGUGUACCUGGAUCACAGUGCAGGUAUUCUGUCCUUCUACAGUGUCUCUGAAACCAUGACUCUCCUCCACAGAGUCCAGACCUCAUUCACUCAGCCUCUCUAUGCUGGUUUUAGUCUUGAUUAUUCUGGAACCACUGCUGAGUUGUGUGAGCUGAAGUAG